UACCAUAAUACUGUGUAGUGUAUUUUUAGCCUAUUGUGUGUAAGAACUUGUUUCAAGGAAAUCUAAGUGUAAAUAACAUUGUUUGCACCUUUUCUUGAAGCUAUUAUACACUAGAACUGAUGUGCUCUCUCUGCUCACAUCCCAUUUGUGCAGUCACACAGAAGUCUUAAGGUCAAUCCACAAUGACCAUAAAAAUGCGGCCUGGAUCGGCGGGGGGCGACAGCCCUCAGGAGAACGCCAGCACACAGCCUGGCAGUCAGCAGCAACUACUGCAACAGCAGACGACAACCACAACAACAGCACCGUCGACGCCACCCGGCCAGGGUGGGGCUCCUCCUGCCGCGGUCACGCAGACCACCAACAGCACCACGGUCUCCUCCUCCGUGGACACAGCGCUCACCACUUCCUCCACCACCACCACCACCACCACCAGCACCGCGGUGCCUGCCCCCGGAGAGGAGGUCAACGGGAGGACUUCCUCCCCAGCUCCCUCGGCUGCCACGGCCGGAGGAGAAGCUGCCGCUCAAGGUGGCGGAGAUGCGGAGCCGGAGUUUCCCAUGCUUGAGUUAAGUCGUCUGGACGAGAUGAUCAACCGACCGCGGUGGGUGGUGCCCGUACUGCCCAAGGGAGAACUGGAAGUCUUACUGGACGCAGCCACCAGGCUGAGCAAAGAAGGUGUAGAUACAAGGAGUGAAGCAUGUCAGAGAUUUUUUCGUGAAGGCUUGACAGUUUCCUUUACCAAGAUCUUAACGGAUGAAGCUGUCAGUGGCUGGAAGUAUGAAAUCCAUAAAUGUAUUUUGAAGAACGCGGAGAAGCUGAUAGAGCUGUGUGUGCACAAGUUGUCUCAGGACUGGUUCCCGCUGCUGGACCUGUUGUCCAUGGUCCUUAAUCCAACCUGCAAAUUCCAUUCGUACAACGCCACGAGGCAGUCAGAGACUGUCCCCUCCGGCACGCAGCCAGCGGAAGACGCCCUGUUUGCCCGACCGCCGGACCACAGAACACCCAAGGGUUGGCUGGUGGAUCUCGUGAAUCGCUUUGGCUCACUGGACGGUUUCCGGAUAUUACUAGACAGAUUUUUCAAAGGACCAGCCUUAUCUGUGCCAGUGGUUGCCAGCCUAGUCAAACCGUUUGGUUUGUGCAGUGAGGUGCUGACUCCACACACUAUAGAGAAGUACUUCAUGCCCAUUGUGGAUGUCGUGCCCAAAUUUUUGGACAAGUUGACAGACGAAGAACUGAAGAAGGAGUCAAAAAAUGAGGCCAAGAAUGACGCUCUCUCCUCCAUCAUCAAAGCCUUGAAGCAGCUGGUCAACCGGCUACCCAAUCAGGAAGAGACCACCAAAAGCUUAGAAAUUUUUAGACUGAAAAUGAUACUCAGAUUACUUCAGAUCUCUUCGUUCAACGGGAAAAUGAAUGCGCUGAACGAGGUGAACAAAGUGAUCACCAACGUCAGCUUCCAGGCCAGCAGUCGACACUCCAGCCUGGACGAGGACGAGUGGCUCACUGCUGACAAAAUGGCCGAAUGGAUUCAGCAGAACAAUGUGCUGAGCAUUGUGCUGAGGGACAGCCUGCAUCAGCCGCAGUACGUGGAGAAGCUGGAGAAGAUCCUGCGCUUCAUGAUCAAAGAACGAGCCCUCACCAUGGACGACCUUGACCGCCUGUGGGACGCUCAGUCUGGCAAGCACGAUGCCAUUGUGAAGAACGUGCACGACCUCCUUGCCAAGUUGGCCUGGGAUUUCUCUCCCGAGCAGCUGGACCAUCUAUUUGAGUGCUUUCAGGGGUCGUGGCAUCAUGCAAGUAAAAAACAGCGAGAGAAGCUGUUGGAGUUGAUACGAAGGCUGGCGGAAGAUGACAAAGAAGGUGUCAUGGCUCAUAAGGUGCUCACCCUGUUGUGGAAUCUUGCUCACAGUGACGACGUGCCCACGGACAUCAUGGACCAGGCUCUCAGCGCUCACUACAAGAUCCUGGACUAUAGUUGUUCUCAGGAUCGCGAUGCUCAAAAACUUCAGUGGAUCUCCAAGUUUGUGGAGGAGUUGAAGAACGACCAGUGGGUGCUUCCUGCCCUCAAACAAAUCAAGGAGAUCUGUACACUUUUCCCAGAGGCCCCCCAGAACUUCCCCCACAGUCAGCGAGGUGCUCACAUGUACUACCGCAACAACGUGAUUGGUCAGCUACAGAGCCAGCACUCCAUCGUCAUGCUGGUCUCUCAGAACCUCUCGGCCUACAUGAACAAGCAGAGGGCUUAUGCCGACGCCCAUCCAAACGAGGAUCCGACCAACAUUUUGCCCGAUGGUCGCUUCAAUCACAACGUGCAAGUCACUGAGCGGCUUAGGUUUCUCAGGUUCCUGCUGAAAGAUGGACAGUUGUGGCUGUGUGAAACUCAAGCUGGCCAGAUCUGGAAUUGUCUCGCAGGGAAUGCUAUUUACAUAUCUGACAGAGAAGCCUGUUUCAAAUGGUUCGCAAAGUUGAUGGGUGAGGAACCCGACCUGGAUCCGGAGAUCACCAGAGAUUUCUUUGAGCGGAACAUCUUACAGCUGAAUCCUGAUCUGCUCACCGAGAACGGCAUGAAUUGCUUUGAGAGGUUCUUCAAACAAGUGAAUUUGAAAGAGAACAAACUGAUCGCCAAGAGAAGAGGCGGGUACCUCAUGGACGACAUAGAACUGAUUGGUUACGAUUAUUUAUGGAAGGUCGUUCUAUGGAGCCCGGACGAGGUCGCGGAGAAAGCGGUGACCUUGCUGAAGGACAUCUUCACCAACCUGGGCCCGCGGCUGCAGCAGAAGCAGGUGGCCAUCCACGAGGACCUGAUCACAUCGUGCAUCGACCGGCUCAAGGCCGCCUACGACACAGUGAGCGUGCUGGGCAGGGACCACGACGCGGCCAGCAAGGAGCGCGUGUUGCAGGAGACAGCGCGUAUGGUGCGUGUGCUGACUGUGCUCAAGGAGUAUCUGUCCGAGUGUGACGAGGCGCACAGGGAGGAGAGGACCAUUCUGCCGCUCAGCAGGGCGUGCCGCGGGAAGCUGAUGAUGCUGAAGGUUCGGUUCCCGAGCCAGAACCGACAGUGGGACGACGUGGAAAUCUGGUCUCACUCGAACGAGACGGUGGGCCAGGUGAGACGGCACAUCCUGCAGCAGGUCAAGGCCGGCCCCAACAUCAAGGUGGAGCUGUACGUCAACGCCGAGCAGAUUGACGCCAGUGAGGACAAGAAGCUCAUCUCACAGAUUCCGCUCAGGGACAAGAUGACGUUAACGGGUAAGCUGGUGCCGGUGGGUGGCAUCAUGCCGUCCAGCCCUGACAGCAGCAGCGACAGCUCGGUGGGCUCCCCCCACAACCAGUACGACGGGCCCAACCACGAGGCCGAGAGUGCUCUCCCUGGAGUGCUGAUGUCCCAGAAGGCCCAGUACAGCCAGUUCCUGUUCCACCUGUCCGACCUGGGCUGUCAGCUACAGGAGCCUCGACUCAGGGACACAGCCAGGGCCGUGCUCAAGAUUAUGCCUGCAGACGCCCACACGGUGAAGAAGUUCUCCGACAUCUGCGCCGACGGGGCCAACGCGGAGCGUGGAAUGUCCGCGGCGUUAGAGGCCAUGUUUUUCAACAGCUCCACCACCCAGACUCUCUACAACAUUGAGGUGUGCUAUGCCUUGUUGAUGCCCAGCCUGGACCCCAUGUGCGAGGAAGCGUUUGAGUUCCAGUGUAACUUUGUGCUCAGCGGCGGCAUACAGCUGGCCAUCAACAUGCUCACCAAGAACAACUUCAUGCCCAGUGCAGACCUGCCUUCCAGAAAAGCCGCCUACCACACAGUGCUGAAAAUGAGCAAGAUGAUGCUGACGGUACUAGGCUACGCGCGCAUCCAGAUCGUGGUGGAGGCGUGUAACUCAGAGAGCCCCGUGUCGGCCAGGGAGCACGAGGAGGCGGUGGCGCUGCAGCAGGUCCUGCUACACAUCCCCAUCCCCGAGUCGGAGUUCAGCAUGAGGCACGUGGCCUCGCGACUAGGGGGACAACUUGGGGAGCAGGCUGUGGGUGUGAGCCCCGACCUGAACACAGUCAAGUCCAUCAUGAAGAUCGCUUGGUCAGCCAGCGCCUGCUGCUUCCACCUGCUCCACGCCUCCUACGACGACAUCCACGGCACCUUCGACAAGCCCAAGGAGGCGGUGCCGUCAGACUGCGAGGACAUCCUCGUGGCCAGGGAAGGUCUGGAGAACCUGACAGUGUGCGUGGCCCUCAGUCCCCCGACGCUGGACGCUCUGGACAAAGAGAACGCCUGGAAGGACUUCAUCAUUGACCUACUUCUGCUCUGUCGGACAAGCCGAAGUAUACGAACCUGUGCCUCGGAGCAGUUUUUCCAGAUGUUUUCUCGCUGUAGCGUGAACCCUCGCAACAUCAAGUGGCUGGUCACCCUGCUCUUCACCAAACUGGAGAACACGGUGAAAGAAAAUGCGAGACAGUCCCACGAGUACUUUACCCUGCUGUGCAAGUUGCUGAACCAUGCGUCCAAGGAGGGGCUGAUGACCGUAGAACCUCAGCUCAACAAUGAAAUCACCUGGCUCAUGGAAGUGCGGAACCAGUGCCUGAAGUGUGGGGAGACCCUGGUGGAAGACGCCCUCCUGGAGGGCCGGAUGUGCAUCACCAAAGAGUUGUUGGCCUUCCAGACCUCGGAGCGCAAGCACCAGAUUGGCUGCAAGAACGGGGGAGCCGAACUCAUCAGGAUCCUGGUGGAGGACUUCAUCUUCCCAGCCUCCAAGCUGGUGACCCAGUGUCGCAAAAAGGAGGCGGAGUUCCCGGCAGAGCAGGCGGUGCCCGUGUGUUCGAGUCCCCACACGGUGGUGGCGGCCUACGACCUCCUGGUGGCCCUGUGCAUGGACUGUGUGCACAACCUGCAGUUCCUGUCACUCAUGAUCAUAGACAUGUACUACACAGACAAUCAAGCGGUGAUGGACUGGGAGUACGUGCCACUGGUGGGGCCGCGGCCGAGCCGAGGCUUUGUGGGUCUGAAGAACGCCGGUGCUACCUGCUACAUGAACUCUGUGCUACAGCAGUUGUUUAUGAUCGAGCCUGUACGCAUGGGCAUCCUGGCGGUGGAGGGAGCGGCGGACAAUGUGGAGGAGGAGAUGCUGCUGAUUGAGAAGGAGAGCAACUCUGGGAACAGCGACAAGGACAAUCCUAUGGAGGAGGACUCGAGCAAAGACGAUGAUUCAGGUCGCGUCCAGUCCAAAGACGACGAGCGCAAGGCGUACAACAUGGGCGUGCUGCGGCAGAUACAGGUCAUCUUUGGUCAUCUGGCAGCCAGCAAGCUGCAGUACUUUGUGCCCCGCGGCUUCUGGAAACAUUUCAAGUUGUGGGGAGAGCCGGUGAACCUGCGAGAACAGCACGACGCCCUCGAGUUCUUCAACAGCCUGGUGGACAGCCUGGACGAGGCGCUCAAGGUUCUGGACCAGCCCAGCAUCCUGGCACAGGUCAUGGGCGGGUCGUUUGCCGACCAGAAGAUCUGUAAAGACUGCCCGCACAGGUACCAGCGGGAGGAAGCCUUCACCACCCUCAACGUGGACAUCCGUAACCACGCCAACCUGUUUGAGUCCCUGGAGCAGUACGUCAAGGGGGACUUGCUGGAGGGAGAGAACGCCUACCAUUGUGAAAAAUGUAAUAAAAAGGUUGAUACUGUGAAGCGACUUGUGAUAAGAAAGCUACCCAAAAUUCUAGCCAUUCAGCUGAAACGCUUUGACUAUGACUGGGAACGGGAGUGUGCAAUCAAAUUCAACGACUACUUUGAGUUUCCGCGGGAGUUGAACAUGGAGCCAUACACAGUGCAGGGCUUGGCCAAACUGGAAGGGGAGAUCAUCGACGAGUUUGACGCGGCUCAGAGCACCAAGUACCGCCUGGUGGGCGUGCUAGUGCACAGUGGACAGGCCAGCGGGGGACACUACUACUCUUACAUUCUGCACAGAGGUCCAAACGAGCCGAGCCCCAAGUGGUACAAGUUUGACGACGGUGAUGUGACCGACUGCAAGAUGGAGGACGAGGAGGAGAUGAAGAACCAGUGCUUCGGUGGGGAGUACCUGGGGGAGGUCUAUGACCCCAUGUUGAAACGCUCGGCCAUCCGGCGACAGAAGAGGUGGUGGAACGCCUACAUCCUGUUCUACGAGAGAAUAGACGAGGUCUCGGAGGAGGAGCUCAGCAAAGAUAUCAAAAGUCUUUCAUUAAGCAAUUCCACGCCAUCGGUGAAGAUGCCCCAGGCCAUCGAGAAGGUGGUCCGGCGCGGCAACAUCCGCUUCAUGCACGAGAAGAGUCAGUUCUCCGUGGAGUACUUCAACUUUAUGAAGAAGCUGGUGGUCUGCAACCAGUACAUCAUCAACCAGGCCAUCGCCGAAGCCAAAGUGAAUGCCGAAGUGGAGAAAAUUUCUCUGAUAAGCACAGAGCUCGCCUCCAAGUUCCUGUUCAAUGUCGGGUUCAAGACGAAGAAAUCUCUCAGGGGCCCAGCAGGGGAGUGGUCGGAGGCCCUCCACAUCCACCUGCGCACCAGCAAAAACGUCCGUUCCUGGUUCGCUUUCCACGUCAUUUUCAAAAACCCGAACAUUCUGACGGAGUAUUUAUUGGAGUGCCCGUCAUCAGAGGUGCGGGUGACGUUUGUCAAGAUUUUUGUGAUACUUACCAGCCUGACCCUGACAGACGGGCCGUGCCCCACCAUUUCCACUGUGGCAGAAGAUGCAGCUGCUGAAGCUGCGAGUGCCGGCCCAGUUCAUGCUGGUGGCGCUGGACGAGGGCCCCGGGCCGCCCAUCAAAUACCAGCACGCCGAGCUCAGCAAGCUCUACUCCGUGGUCAGUCAGCUGGUGCGCUGCUGUGACGUGUCGCAGCGAUGUCACUCCUCUAUCUCUGGCCAACCCCCGCUGCCCAACCCUCAUGGGGACCCACUGUGUGGCAAGCCCCUCAUGACCAUCCAGGCACAGGUGGCCGAGGUUCUGUACGGCCGCAACGUCUACGUCAAGAAGAUCAUCGAGGAAGCCAACACGGUGGACGAGACCGCCAAACUUUUGAAAUAUUGCUCAUGGGAAAACCCCCACUUCUCCUUUGUGGUGCUCGGGGAGCUGUUGUGGCAGGUGGCGUAUUCGUACACAUACGAGCUGCGUCCCCACAUGGACCUGCUGCUACAGAUGUUGUUGUUGGAGGACUCGUGGCAGACGCACCGCAUCCACAACGCGCUCAAGGGCAUCCCGGAUGAGCGAGACGGCCUCUUCGACACCAUCCAGCGGUCCAAGAACCACUACCAGAAGCGAGCCUACCAGUGCAUCAAGCUGAUGGUGUCCCUGUUCACACACUGUGCCCCAGCGGCCACCAUCCUGCAGACAAACGGAGACAUCAAACGCAAGUGGUCCUGGGCCAUCGACUGGCUCAACGACGAGAUGGAGAGGCGGUCGUACCCGUGCAACACGCAGUACACAGCCUACAACAACUGGUCGCCCCCGGCACAGUCCAAUGAAACCAGCAACGGGUAUUUCCUGGAGAGGUCGCAGAGUGCUCGCAUGACCUUGGCCAAGGCUUACGAACUGUGCCCGGACGAUGAACAGGAAGAGACGGAGAUAGCGGAGGAUCAAGACAUCCAUGGUCCGGAUGAGAUGGGCGGACACCUCUCCUACAAGGUGCAGCCCUCCCACACGGACUACCCCGGCCCGCCCGCCUCGGGCCCGUCCAGCUCCUCCCAGCACCAGGGUGGUGGGGGCCCGGCCGCUGUGCCCAGCAGCACCUCCCCGCCUCAGCCGCAGCACCAGCAGCAGCAGCAGCAG